AUGCAACUUUCUGCUUCCCUGUUGCUUGCCUUCUGCGCCCUCGGGCUGCAGGGCGCCGUCGGCACGCCCAUCCUCGAAGGUCCCGUGGACAUUGGCGCGCUGGACCUCGGCCCCAAGGACGACAACACCACCGAGCUCGUCGCUCGUCAGCCCCCUCCUCCCGGCAGUACCAACGCCAACCCCAUCAUCGCCGAGCUGGACCUGGACGGCACCAAGAUGAACAUGCUGCCCUUCGAGGCCGACUGCUACGCCAUCCUGUGCCUGAAAGCUCCCGAUGUUUUGCAGCGCGUCGUUGGCAAGGUCAUCAACCGCAAUCGCAGAACUAGCGGAGUUUGCAAGUCCCCGUUCAAGAGAGGCAAGGCAAAGUACAAGCUCGACAAGCUCCUGCCCCCUACCCACAACACCUGGGGCACGUUCGACUCACCGGAGGAGUAUCCCUUCGCGUCCUCCGAGCAGGGCGGAACCAACGCCUACCUGUUCCCGGUCAGCCUCGCCUCCCAGAACUCCCAGGGAGGCACCCUGAACGGGCUGCUUUCCAAGUACGACAUCAAGGCAUACGAUCCCGCCAAACAGGGUACCCCCGGUGCCACCGACCGCACCUGGUACAAGAUCGAGUACAAGGGAAAGCUCGGCCCUUACUGCACCGCCCUCAUGGCGAAGGACACGAGCGUCUGCAACAAGAACUUUGACGGCAAGGGUGACUGGGGCUUCGACGUGGCCGACCAGGCUUACAAGUACAACAAAGGGGAUUACCAACGGAUCCCAAGAGUGUAG